AUUCUUAGCAGCAUUACUUUUGAUAAGUUAUUAGAAAAUCUCAACACAAAAUUGCUCUCCUCCCAAACUGUGCUGUCAGACAUCAACAGAUGUCCCUCCCCUGCAGCCGCCUGUCGGCCCUUCAUCCCCUCUGCUCUGCACUCUGCUGAUGUGCAGCUUUUCUGUUCAGGAAAGGAAAGCCUGUUUGUUACGCUGGAGAGUUUCAAAGAAAGAGAGACGACCCGACUGCAGCCGGUCACUCCCUAAGCUACAAUUCACAUAACAAAACAACAGAUCUCUAUCUGCUCGCCGGCCCAGCACCUCCCACGCGACCAUCCCAAAAAACACUAAUGGCUUGUUUUUGUUGAUGCUUCAUUCUUACAAUACGUCAUUACUGUAGCAACUAUUGAUGAUAGGAUAACUAAAAAAGAAAAAACUGCACACAAGGGAUAUGCCAAUAGGUCAAUAGGAUUUUACUAAUUUAACAACCUUUUUUGUGUAUGAUCAAUACAAAUAAAAAAAUAAAUGAAUGCCUCUUUAAAUACAAUUUUUAUCAUAAAGUUUCAGAAACAUGGGAGACAAAUAAUUAUUGAGACAAUUAAGAGUAUAUUUGAAAUGUUAAUUUAAGAUAAAGAUUUUGGCAAAUUUAAGCGUAAAUAAUUGAGGAAACGGUUAAUUUUUAAAAAGGCUUAAAAUGUUACCAUUUAAAAAUUGCCACAUGAGGAGAGGAUGGGCCCUUAAUUGUAUGGCUGUUUGCGUGUGUGUGUGUCUGUGUGUGUGUGUUUAAAGAGUGGGAGGAGGACAGAGAGCCACCAUCCCCUAAAACUCUUUGUCCUGUUUGGACUUCAUUAUUCGUUGCUUCACCUCAGGAACAGUCCGGUUAAGGUUUUUGAAAACAGCAGCUGAAGGUAAGUGUUAAAGCUCGUUUGGGAUGCAAUAUCUAAAAUGUUUUACUUUAAACUUCUCAGACUGUAUUUGUUUACUUUAAAUUGUGUCAUUUGGAGCAAAUGAACUUUAAAAUAUAUGUUUUCUUUUGUAAUGCUUCAGAUCUGUGCUUGGCAGCAACUGAUGGAGUUUUGGCUGGACAAUCAGGGUCAGUCGCAGAUGUACUCCAGAUUUGGGACUCUUCCUUCAAGAAAUUGUGCAAACAACUAUCAUGAGAGACGGCAGGCUACCUAUAACACACUGUGCUAUGGAGAGCAGCAGGAUCAGGGAAGGGAGUGCAGUGACUGGAUGGUACCAGGGUCGAGAGCAGGAGGAGCUCUACAGGGAUAUACCAACUGGACUGACCCCGAGCCGCCUGACUACUCUUCCCCAAACUUUCCCUUCAUUUUACACCGUCAUGAACAGCGCCACCAGGACCUGGGGGAGUAUCGGCAACACAACCCCAGAGAUAGAGAAUGGGCGCCUCACGGAGUUGCAAGGGACUACAACAGAGGAUUUCUGAGAGACGCAUGGCCAAAGCGGUGGGACCAGACUCAGCCUUCCCGUUACAACAGAGAUGUUUCUGCUAAGAGGACCGACAGCAGCUAUCGCGAGCUGGAGGCCUGGGCAGCCCGGUACAGUCACUCGCUGCCAAGGAGGAGACGCCUAGAAGCAGAGUUACGAGAGGCCGUCCAAGGCCAGUCGGAGAGAGAAAAACUUUUGACACAUCCUGAAGUUCAGCUACAGUGCAACCAGCUAAAUCGAAGUAGCAGAGCGCAUGGGCUGUGGGACAAAGCAGGACGUCUUUGUCCCACAGCCCACAUGGAGGAAAAUACUGAAUACCAAUUAAGGGUACUGGACAAACCUCCUGGAUACAUUGGACCUCCUCCCUACAACAGGCCACACAAAAGUCCACCCGUGAUGCACCAUUGUGAUUUUGGCAGGCGGCUGGUUGGGAAGAAGCAAGCCGACUGGUCACAGCCAACUCUCAGAAAGUCAGAUGUCCUUUUAGAUUUGGAAACCAAGAGGAAAGUCGAGAAAGAUGCAAGUAAAAUCUGCCCUGGACUGGAGGAACUAGAGUUCAGCAAACAUGAGAGGGAUGCUUUACAGGGAGUCGGUUCUAUUGAUGCGCAGAAACCUGAAGGCAUACUGGAUGAAGAACCACAAGCAGUUCAGAAGUCAGACAUGGAGAAGGAAGAAAUCUGUAAGGUCAUAGAAGGAAGGAAGUUCAGACUAAAGAAAAAGACAGGAGGGAUGACAAUAUUCUGCCUUGUGUCUAGAAUAGCUAGCCCCUCUGAAACCACUUCUUUACCAGUCUGUACCUCCCAAACAAGCGUCCAAAUCACAGAAAUGGAAGAGCUUUCAAAAGACAGACAGGUUGACAACCAAGUGAACAAGAUCGCUGAUGAUGUGGACUUCAGAGCACACACACUAACAGAGCAGUCAGAUAAAAAGACCCCCGAAUGCAAGGAAAAGGUUAUGCUUAAAGAUGACCUACCAAACAACGUUUUCCUGGAAAAAUCUGGAUUUGUAUCUCAGUCUGUGGAGCCUGUGUUGACCAGAUACCCUUUAUGGAGGGAGCCUAGUUCUAGUACCAAGGCAGAAGCUGAGACCUUCAACACAAACAGCUUGAAAGAGACAAAAGGAAGCAUCUUGAACCAGGAUGAAGGUGAGGAUGUAAGAAGUCAAUCAACGGUCUUUGAAAAUAAGAAACUAGACAUCGCUGAGAACACUGAGGAUAUGAAAGGGCUACUGGUGAUAGACACCAGCUGUGUUGUUGUCAAAGUGGAGAUGAUUCCUUCACCAAAGAAGGAGCAAGUUCACUAUUUAGAUUCCACAGCACAUGAUGAAGGCAGAACAUCUGAAUCCAACUCUCAGGUUUAUCAAAAUGUAGCAACUGGUCCGAGCAGUGAGGCCUUGCAAAGGUAUGAAGACCCUGAAGCUGACCUGGAUCCAAUACUUUUGAAGAAACAGGAAGACAAAGAGAGUGGCAAUUCCCCCUCUGGUGUGCAGUCACCUUUGGUUUCUGAAAGGGAAACUCUGGAGGAGCGUGCUGAAAGAAUCCUUGGAGUACCUCUGCAUGAUGAUGAACAGCAAACCGAAGAUGAAGAACCACCGAUUGAUCUGUGCAAGGAGGAGCAGAGUGAGGAGGCUGAACCACCUGAUUCAGGGCAAACUCUAGAGGAUACAGCAGAGGUUCUCCUAGUGGACAAAGAUGACAGUAGAAAGCUGCUAACAAGUGAAGAUGAUAAAGAUUUUACAGCAUCUCAACAGCCAGCCAACACCAUGGCUGAAGACGAUAACACUGAGUCCCAACUUGAAACAUACAAUACUUCAACCAAAAAUGAAAUGAACAAAGAAAGAGGGGGUGAAUUCACAUGUGCCGAAAGUGAAAAUGAAGAGCACCUCGUUGAUCUCAGUAAUACUUAUUCAGUUUCUUCAGAUUCAAGCAUACAGGAAGGUGCUGAUUCUGAACUGGAUGCACAAAGUGCAGACCCAAGUCCUCACUCUGAUGCCUCACCUCCUCUUUUCCCUGAAUCACCCAAUUCUCCUUUAAGCUCCACUCUCAGUGAAGAGCAACUCCCAAGCCCUCCUCCUCUGGAAGUAUUGCUAGAAGCGGAUGUGGAGAGUGGUGCCGAGCCUAAGCAAGGUGGGGAUGAGAUGUCAGACUCUGCUGAAAACAGGUCCUUGGUCACAGAAAUGAAAGAAGUCUUGCCACAUCUACACAAUCACCAAUGUGACAACACUUUUUGUGUCACUGAGAAGGAGCAAACAGCUGAGAAUGAUUCAUCUAGAGCUGAAGCAAAAUAUGAAGAUCUCAACAUUUCAGCCCAAACUGAAGGUGCCACUUAUGCAAACAAGGACCAGGAUCUCCAACUAGACGACAGUAAUUUCUCUGAUCCUACAGUUCGAACAGGUGAAGACAAUGAAGAAAAUCCAAGAACUUGUAAAUCAGAAGAUUAUGGCUUCCUACCAAAGUAUAAUUUCGAGGACAAUGUUUUGUGCAAGACAGAAAAAGAUGGGACUCUAAAUCCAGAUCUGACUGUAAGUGCCUUGAAAGAAACAAGCAAUGAGAGAGAUGAAUUCACUCAAACUCAACUAAACAACUUGCAAAUCUCACAAGAUGAAUGGCCUGACGAUACCUAUCCUUCAUCUGGUGAGGUCUUAAACAAGCUCCUAACCUCUGAUAUUUCAUCUUCUCCACAAGAGCCUGACAGAGACCAUACUCCUCUCUCUAAAACUGAAAUAACUGGGUGUCCUCUAAGCUUUGACAUCACUGCUACUCCAGACAUUGUGGGACAUCCCUCUAAUUCUUUUUAUCUGGAUUCCUGCGAAGAAUCCAGCCAGUUGAAAACUUUUCUUUCCCAAGAGGAAGACGUUUCUCCAAAGUUCUCUCCAUCUUCUGCACAAAAGAGAGCAUCUCAGUAUCCUAAGUCCCUGUUGGAUGUGGUAAGUCGCAUCAGGAAGCACACAGCACCUGACUCCGAGAGCGAAGAGGAGGAAGUUAGUGAACAGUGGGAUCCGAGUUGUCUAGAUGUGGUGGCAGACACAAAGUCCAAGAAGAACUUCUCUGAUGAGCUGCAGGCAGUUUUAAAGCACAGCACUGAGACGGGUCAGGCAGACCAGGAUGACAAAGACCCAGAGGGACAUGCUGAAGAAGACACUAUGUCCUGCAGCAGCCACGUGUCUGAAGACACUGUUACUUUAGGGAUUGAAGAAACAACACUCCCUGGUGAGGUGAAAGAGGAGUAUGAUACUGUCGAACAGGGGCCAAGAUGCUCCAGUGAAGAAAAAGAUGAAAUCCAAUUGGAAGAAAGUGAAGAAGAAGAGGACAACGUAAACAUUUGUGGUUCUAAUGAAGAGAGUCCGGUGGAGGUAGAUCAAGAGGUCAGUGAUGUGUUGAGUUAGACUAACAAGAUAUUUAACAAACAGUGCCUUGCAAGCGUAUUCUGACCCCUUAAACUUUUUCAUAUUUGGCAACAUUACAACCAACAACCUCAGUGUGUUUUAUUGGGACUAUCUACUAAACCCCAAAGCUAAGCAAAACUGAGAAAUGGGAGGAUAAAGACAUAUGAUUUUAAGUUGUUUUACAAAUAAAAACAAAUUUGGCAUGUGUCUGCAUGUCAAGUGCAUGACAAAUACGUUUUAUGUACCCACACAUACUCUGAUAUCCCUAAAUAAAAUCCAUAAAAUUGCCACCAGAAGUCACUUUAUUAGUGAACAAGCGUGUAAUUUAAUCUCAGUAGGAUCCAGUUGUUCAGAGGUUUCUUAAAGACCAUUAAUGAACAAUGAGCAUCAUGACGGCCAAUGAACACUUCAGACAGAUCCGGGAGUAAGUUGUGGAGAGAUUUAAAGUAGGAAUAGGUCAUAAAACAACAUCCUGAGCUUCAGGAAAGGUCCUAUCCAAAAAAGAUAGGAUUUAUGGUAUGAAGUGAAAAGAUAGGAUUUGCAUACUGUAAAUCCUAUCUUUUUUGGAAGAAUGGCAAGGAGCCAUCCUUUUUUUUUUUUUUUUUUUUUAAAAAAAGUCAAAAAAAGUCGCGGUGUUUGCAGAGCACAGCAAACACGACGAAGAAGGUGCGCUGGUCAGAUGAGAACAUAAUUUAACUUUUUGGUCAACAUUCAAAAAACAAACUGCAAUACCAAGCAUCAAUUUCCUUCCAAUUUCCAUAUUUUACACACACAGUUAUGCAUAACAUUUAAGCCGUAAAUAAUUCAAGGAGUGAGAAUAUUUUUGCAAGUCACUGUACAAUUUCUUUAUUUUAUCCAUACUAUUAAUCAUUUCAGAGGUUUUAUAGUUGAUUGCUGAGUGAUAAAAACAGAAAAUAGAACAUUUGCUUAGAUUUCAGUGUGGACAAUGAGAUGUUUAUGACACAAUUCAGAUUAUUUAUGUAUUGAGUCUAGAAAUAAAGACUGAACUCAUGUUGGUCAGAAAUAUAUUUGAAGAGAAAACAGAUCCUGAAAUUCAUACAAAUGUGGAAAUUUCAAGUCACUUGUUAAACUGUUUUUUGUUUUUUAAAUAAAAGCCAGAACAUAAUUUUUGUUAAUUCAGCAUCAGCAUAGCGUCAUAACACAGAUCACUCUAUUGAUGUAACGAGGGUUUGGUGUAAUUAUGCUGACAGAGAAACUAAACUUAGAUAUUCACAUAACCAUACUUAAAUUAAUCCUAUAAAUAUUACAUGUUUUUAUGUCCUAAUCAAAAAAUGACAAGACAAUAUGUAAUGUAUGUAAACGGAAAUAAAAAAGUAAAAAGCCACUUUCUAGAUUUUUUUGUGGCUACAAUUACCCAAACUACUUAACACCUUUUUGCUUUAUUUAAGCAAAAAUGUAGGUGAAUUAAUAUUCCAUAAGGUAACUCGGAGCCAGAAAUCUUAACACAAAUGUUCACACUCAGAUGUAAACGGACUCAACAGUCUUGAUGAAAAUGUUGUUUUUUUCUUUUUUAAAUAAUGUGUUUAUUAGUUUUUAUAGUGAAAAAGCUGAAACUGAAACAUGGAGAUACUUUGCCUCUUGGGAUUGAAGAAACUGUCUGGCUUACUGACAUGGUUUUCUUCUAAUGCUAGCCAUUUGUAAUCCAGGUUAUACAAAAACUACCACAUCAAAAUUAAUAGAAAUUUGCCAAACAUGAGCAUAAAAUGUAGGUAUAUGUUGGUGGAUUCGUAAAUCCUUCUGUAAAACAGGGUAAAUGCAGUCUGUGCACCAUGUAAUUGAAUUGUGGUAGUUGUUACAAUCAGACUGUGCAGUUGUUGGGGAGGUACUUUUCAAAACAUAAGGAUUUCUCAAGAAAUACUUGCAAUGGAAAACCUAACUUCACUUAAAUCAAAUUUGUAAAUUUUUAAAUCUUUAUGUCAAUUUUUAGAUUGACUUAAUAGACUAAUUAAAGAAAAACAAAUCAGGAAAGCCUCAAAUUAAUGCUAUAAAUCUGGACAGAUAAAUGAACUUUAAGUGUCCGUUUAAAUUUCCAACAUGACACUAAACAUUAAUUCCUAUUGUUCACAGUUUGAGUUUAAUGAGUGUUUGAUGGAAAUGAAAGACACAAAUAUAUAACAUACAGUAACUGGAUCGGUAACCAAGAACAACACAGCAUAAUUAGACGGUAAGUGCUCCUAAAUUCUCUGUGAUCCUAUA